UAUGAAGUUAUUGUAGCUGAACUAUAAAAAUUAUUUGAACAAUUAAAAAAAUAUUGAAUAAUCACAGAUUGCUUUAAUUUAGAAACUAUUACCAAAAUUAAGUGUUGCGAAAAUUAUGGCAUCAUUGAAUUAAUCAAUUCAAUCACUUGAUUAAUCAAUCCUUAUCAAUUUUAGGUUAUAAUUAUUGAGAAAAUAAGGUAUCACUCGAAUGAUUAUAUCGAAUUCCUAAGAAUAAAAGCACCCAAUCAGGAAAAUUUAUUACCUAUAGGUUGAAAUCUUAAAACAUUUUAACCAGAAGUUAAUAUUUUAUUUAAAGAUAGCUAAUUAUGUAAUCACUUACCACAUAUUUUGAUUCCCUAAUAUCUAAUAAUAUUUAAUAAUUUUAUUAUUAUUAAAAUUAUCACCC